AUGGCUGAACGAGGCAGGUACGGAAGGCGUAAACAGCAGAAUCCUCGACGAAAAAACGAAAGAAAGACUAAAAGUUCAUGUCUAUCAAUAACUAUCAACGAUUGGUUGAGAGUAAAGGUAAUGUCAACUCUUACAGGUAUCUUCCCUAGCCAAGUAUUGUCAACUCUUACAAGUAUCUUCCUUAAUCAAGUAUUGUCAACUCUUACAGGUAUCUUCCUUAAUCAAGUAUUGUCAACUCUUACAGAUAUCUUUUCUGGUUCUUAUCUCUUUUUUUCUCAGGGAAGUAUAUCAAUUGUCAAGAACAACCCUACUGAUACUGAUAUUGGGAUGAUGGCUGCAUCUGGUAGAAUCUUUAAAAUGAGCCAUUAUCAAGAUUUAAUGGUUUAA